UUCACUUUGUCAUUCAUUCAGGAUGAGCUGCUUGUUCGAACGAUCGAUCGAUCCAUCUGAAUUUUUUAUGAACACAACUAGUUAGUAAUGGCUCUUCUGAGAUCAGCAGCUUUUAAAGAUUCCAAUUCUUUGUCUGAACGUUGUCGUUAUCACGUGUUCUUGAGUUUCAGAGGGGAAGACACACGCAAGACUUUUACGGACCACCUCUACACAGCCUUGGUCAAUGCAGGAUUCCAAACGUUCCGUGACAACGAUGAGCUCGAGAGGGGAGAAGACAUCAAGCCGGAACUGGAGAAAGCGAUCCGGCAGUCACAAACUUGUGUAAUUGUGUUUUCCAAAGAAUACGCGUCUUCCAGAUGGUGCCUUGACGAGCUUUUGAUCAUCCUCGAGCGCAAGAGGACUAACAAAGAGUUUGUAGUUCUACCUGUCUUCUACGACGUCGAUCCAUCCCAGCUGAGGAAGCAGACGGGAAGUUUUGCAGAAGCAUUUUCCAGGCACCAAAGUGCUCAGUCUUCCAGCAAGGUCAGCAGAUGGAGGGCGGCACUUGCACAAGUUGCAGAUUUAGCUGGCAUGGUGUUACCAAAUCAAGCUGACGGGUAUGAGUCGAAGUUUAUCAAAAAGAUUGUUAAAGUCAUAGAAGGAAAACUAAGGCGGGUCACACCCUUAAGUGUUUCCCCCAAGUUGAUUGGAAUUCAAUCUCGAGCGAAAAGAAUCGAUUCCUGGUUAAAAGAUGGAUCGACUGAUGUUGGCGUACUUGUACUUUAUGGGAUCAGUGGAGUUGGCAAGACGACCAUUGCGAAAUCUGUUUAUAAUUCAAACUUUAGAAGAUUUGAAGGAAGAAGUUUUGUUGAAAAUAUCCGAGAACUUUCGGAACAACCAAAUGGCUUGGUACAAAUACAAAAACAUCUUCUUUCUGAUAUUUUGAAUGGGAGAAAUGUGGAAAUACACAGCGUUAGCGAGGGAGUAUCUAAGGUUGAAGAUGCCAUCAGAUCGAAGAGGGUUCUUCUUAUCCUCGAUGAUGUGGAUCAUACGAACCAAUUGGAUGCGGUAUUUAGGAUGAAACAUUGUUUUUAUCCGGGAAGUAAGAUCAUCAUAACAACUAGGCGUGCAAAGUUGUUAAAGCCUCAACAUGCUUCUGAGGUGCAUAAUGUUGAACCUUUGAGUUACAAUGAAUCUAUGGAACUCUUCAGUUGGCAUGCUUUUGAACAAGAUCAUCCCGUUGAUGGUUUCAUGAAACAUUCAGAAGAGGUGGUAGAUCACUGUGGAGGACUUCCAUUAGCUCUUCGAGUUUUGGGUUCUUCUCUAAUGGGGGAAAGUAUAACUGUAUGGCAAAGUACGUUAGAGAAAUUAAAGGCUAUUCCAGAUGGUCAAAUCAUGAAGAAACUCAGAUCAAGCUACGACUCUUUACAAGACAAUCAUGAUCGAGAUUUAUUUCUCCAUAUUGCUUGUUUCUUUGUUGGAAAGGACAAAGAUUGCGUUGUUAGGAUUUUAGAUGAGUGUCAGUUCUACACUGUUGUUGGAAUUCAAAAUCUCGUCGACAGGUGCUUAGUGACAAUUCAUCGAUGUGAGUGGCACAAAUAUUGCAAGAUUCAGAUGCAUGACUUAGUCCGUGACAUGGGCAGAGAAAUUGUUCGCUCAGAAUCAGAGGAGCCGGAGAAGCGUAGUAGAUUAUGGCAUCAUAAAGAUUCUUUCAAAGUAUUGAGAGAAAAAAAUGGUACCCAAACAAUCUGCGGUCUUGUCCUGAAUAUGUUUCCUGCAGACACCACUUCAAUGAAUUCGGAUGAGAUGGUCUUCGAAACCGAGGCAUUUACAAGGAUGCACAAACUCAAAUUACUCCAUCUCAGUCAUGUACAAUUGAAUGGAUCGUAUGCAGAAUUUCCGACAGAAUUGAGAUGGUUGUGUUGGCAUGAAUUUUCUUUGAAUUCCAUACCCAUCAAUUUUCCGUUGGAGAAUCUGGUUGUUCUUGAAAUGCAUCAUAGCUCCUUGAGACAAGUUUGGAGGGGAACAAAGUGCCUUCCAUCGUUAAAGAUCCUUGAUCUUAGUCAUUCUCAUGACCUUAGAGAAAGUGUUGCUGACUUCUCACUUUUCCCCAAUUUAGAAAAACUGAUUCUUGUAGAUUGUCGGAAUCUGAUUGAUGUCCAUGAAUCCAUUGAAAGCCUAGAGAAGCUUGUUUACUUGAAUAUGAAGGAUUGCAAAAGUAUUAGGAUGUUGAACAAGAACAUUGGUAAGCUCAAGUUACUCAAAACACUCAUUUUAUCUGGUUGUUCGAAUCUUAACGAGUCUUCACUGGACAUGAUGAGGAACAUGGAGUGUCUGAAAGUGCUUGAAGCAGAUGAAAUUCCAGUGAAUCAAGUACUUACUGCUGGUGGGCAGUUGAUUGAAUCUUGGCCUGCGAGAAGUUCAUAUAUUUUUUGGACCUCUUUACCAUGUUCUUUAGUAUCUUUAAGUCUUAGCGGGCGCAAUCUCUCGAAUGAAGAUUUUCCAAUGGAACUUGGUAACCUAUCUUCCUUGGAAAAAUUAAAUCUACAGUCCACUUCAGUUUGUAGCCUACCAAGUUGCAUCAAAGGGCUAAAGAAGCUUUGCGAACUCAACUUUGGCGGGUGCAAGAGUCUUAAAGAACUUGUAGGGCUACCAAAAGUGAAGCAUGUGUUUGUGACUGAUUGCACAUCAUUGGAAAAGGUAACAUAUGAAUCAUUUUCAUCCUACAAAAAUAGUUUAAUCUUGUUUCGUCACAACCGCAGCCUAGUUGAGGCGGAGUAUAUGUUCAGACUAGAACCCAUUGGAAAAGUUGAUACAGAAAUGAUCAACCUGUUGGAAUUGCGCAAUUAUUUGGAAUCCACGGCAACCAUUAAGAUGCACGUCCCAUUUUCAUAUGGAAAGAUUUCGCAAGACUAUGAGUCUCGUCCCAUCCAGGGACUCUAUGAAUAUGGUAUAUUCAGCACAUUUCUUCCAGGGAAUCAGGUUCCAGGUCGAUUUGACCAUAGAAGUAGUGAUGCAGGGACCUCAAUAUCCUGUAGAGUGCCUUCACUGCCUCCAAAUUAUGUAAUUCGAGGCUUGAACAUCUUUGCUGUCUAUGCACUUUCCGAACAUUCUUCUUUUUAUGCAUUCGAUAAUCCAUUAUUUAAGAAAGUAUGGAAUAAGAGCAAGAGUCUAAAGUGGAUUUAUAACCCGCAAGUGUACGGGAUUCCCAGGGAGGGAGAAGACAUGGUAUGGUUAAGCCAUUGGAAGUUGGAAGGUGAGUUAUUAGGUGGCAAUGAAGUUGUUGCUUCAGUGUUUAUGCAACCAGGUGUGUUUCACUUGAAGGAGUUUGGCGUCCAGCUUGUGUGUGAAAAACACGAAAAUAAUAUUACGAGUAAGCAACACAACACGUGGACGGAUCCUUAUUAUCCACGUGUCAUCAGAGGAGAUUUGUCAUCACGUGAGGCGACAGAAGGAACGUAUUGGCUCUGCUGGAGACCACACUCACCUGAAGCUAUUGCUUGGUUCGAUUACCUCGAUAGGGACUUUGAUGAUCAUGAAUUAGAUACAGUGACGCAACUUGGAGAAGAGGAAGAGGAAGAGGAAGAGGAAGAAGAAGAAAAGCAACUGCAGGAUGACCCCAUGCUUCUUCCAGCAGCAACAGGCAGACUUCCCUCAGAUUCAGAAGAUGAAAAUAAUGGCUCAAAGAACGACAUAGAAAUAUCCGAGAGUUCAAAGAAGGGAUCUCAAGGUAAUGAUAACAAUGUUCAAUCAGCUGCAAAAGAUGUUGCAGAUGAAGAAUUGAUGCAAUGCUUGGAAAUUUUGAACAACAUGGAGGAACUUGACGAUGAUACUUAUUCAAAAGCUUUGAAGCUUUUCCAUGACGAUGCAACUUGGAGAAAGCUAUUUGUGAGCAUGCCUGAUAAAAGGAAGAAACCUUUCAUCCUCAGGCUUGGUUCACGUAAAGAUUGAGCAGUACGUUUGUUGAUAGUAUGCUUGCUGCAGCAACGGAAACAACUCAUUUGGUGGUCUGAGAGGCUGGAAUGUGUUCAUGUUGGCUUCGGCUGCCUUCUUUCUCUUUCGCUCUCUAUCCGCUCGCUCUCAGCUUCCUCGGCUAUGAAAGAAGACUCCUCUAACAAUCAACAACGUCAAAAUGAAUUUGUUGUAUUACCGGACUAAUAUCUUAUCUAUACUCAAAUUGGUUUUUAUAAAAUUUGCUGAAUACUGUAUUUAAGAUUAGCAGAUUAAUAUGCCUCAAUAAGGGUUCUACU